UAUACGAUCGUCGGCUUGUAGCGGUGCUCAUGUUUUCAUGAUUGUAAUAUAUUUUUUGAGUGCGACCAAACAAAACUCCAUUCAAAAGUAACUUUAUCGUCUGUGGUGUUUUCUCCGUGUUGAUAUCUCAACCAUGGCCGAGGAUGUCCAGAAGCACUCAGUCCACACGCUGGUCUUCAGAUCUCUCAAAAGGACUCAUGAUAUGUUUGUGUCCGACCAUGCGAAAUCCAUCGCACAGGAUGAAGAAAGCCAGAAGAUGAAGAUGUCUGUGAAACUGAAAGCAGACUACAAUGCAGUUUUGCACAUGCCUGUCCUGAAGGAAGGCAAAGACAGAGUGUCUCUUCUUGCUGGCAGUAUGCUGGGCAACCAGAGCUACACACAGCCAGGGGAUGAUCCAGAAUACCUGAUCGCCGGGACACAUGCCUAUCCCUCUGGACCUGGAGUGGCCUUGACUGCCGACACAAAGGUCCACAGGAAUCCAAGUGAGGGAGGAAUCAACUCCUUGGCACUCGUUUUGCCACCCUCACAAGCCAGGCAGGACGUCAGCCGCACCGCUUCCAGUGUUGGUGACAUCCAUCGACACGCAGGAGGAGGAGAGAGAUCUCACCCUCAGUCUUCUUCUGUGUCUCUCUUGGACGGAGGUGGCACCAGAAAUGCGAUGGCGAGGAAGGCGCCCACCAUGCCCAAACCACAGUGGCAUCCCCCAUGGAAACUGUUUCGGGUCAUCAGUGGUCACCUCGGCUGGGUGAGAUCCAUCGCCGUGGAGCCGGGGAAUGAGUGGUUUGUCACAGGCUCUGCUGAUAGAACCAUAAAGAUCUGGGACCUGGCCAGUGGGAAACUGAAGCUCUCCCUGACGGGACACAUCAGCACGGUGCGCGGCGUGGCGGUCAGCAACCGCAGCCCCUACCUGUUCUCCUGUGGAGAAGACAAGCAGGUCAAGUGUUGGGAUCUGGAGUACAACAAGGUGAUCAGGCACUACCACGGCCACCUCAGUGCUGUCUAUGAUAUCGACCUUCAUCCAACUAUUGAUGUGCUGGUGACGUGCAGCAGAGACGCCACAGCAAGGGUUUGGGACAUCAGGAGUAAAGCCAAUGUGCACACCCUGACCGGACACACCAACACUGUUGCCACAGUGAAGUGUCAGGCUGCAGAGCCACAAAUCAUCACUGGCAGUCACGAUUCAACCAUCCGGCUGUGGGACUUGAUCGCUGGAAAAACCAGAGCGACUCUGACAAACCACAAGAAGUCUGUCCGAACUCUGGCAAUGCACCCCAGACAAUACACGUUUGCCUCUGGUUCUGCUGACAACAUCAAGCAGUGGAUGUUCCCCGAUGGAAGCUUCAUCCAGAACCUGUCGGGCCACAACGCCAUCAUCAACACUAUGGCUGUCAACUCCGAUGGCGUGUUGGUGUCUGGAGCCGACAAUGGAACCAUCCACAUGUGGGAUUGGAGGACAGGCUAUAACUUCCAGAGGAUUCACGCCGCUGUGCAGCCCGGCUCUCUGGACAGCGAGUCUGGCAUCUUCGCUUGCAUGUUCGAUAACUCAGAGAGCCGGCUGAUCACUGCCGAGGCUGACAAGACCAUUAAAGUAUACAAGGAAGACGACACCGCUACAGAGGAAACCCAUCCCAUCAACUGGAAACCAGAAAUCCUCAAGAGGAAGAGAUUCUAAUCAUUUUUUAUUUGUUUCUUUUGUCACAGUGAUGUUUAAUUGUAUUUCUACCAAUCCUCCAGUUGUAGAUACACCCAUCAAGUUUGUCUCUCUACUUGUAUUCCUUAACAACUUAUGUCUCAUUGACAGAAGUGCCCACAUUGUCCUGUUUUAUUCUAAAAACCAUUUGCAGUCUUCAUUGUAAGAUGUGAGUCCGGUAAAGUGGCCAUUUUGGACUGCCAGGAACUUCCCAGAGUGUUUGUUCUUGACGAUGACGGCUCUCUGAUGGCUCUGGUCCGUCUGGUCCACCAACAUCAGCCACUCUUCUCUCUCAGAGGGGCUGACCUCAGAGUGGGCCUGGUUCCUGCUGGGGUCGAAUCCUGCAGAGCGACAAACCAAAACGCGUUGAAUAAUGGUUUGGAGAAAAAAUAAAAUUGUAUUGAAUUUUCCAGUUGUACAGACUUGGAAAUAAGCCUUUUUUUCAGUUCGCAAUGUGAAGUUUUUUUUCUUCCUUUAAUAAAAAGUGCAUUUUUCACA